AUGAGUCGGCAGCUGAACGCCAGAGUGGGAGGUUGCAGCAGGGGCUUCAGCAGUGUCUCUGCGAUUGUUUCCAGUGGGGACAGAUCCAGCUGCACCCCUCUGAGUCGAGGAAGAAGUAGACACUGUGUCUUUGGCAGCAGAAGUCUCUACGAUUUAGACUGGACUAAAAGCAUUUCCAACAGCUUGAUUGGUGGAGGCUGGCGACUCAAUGGUGGUUUUGGUGGUGGAUUUGGUACUAGUGGGGGAGCUGCUGGCUUUGGUGGUGGUGGGUUGUUCGGUGGAGGAGUUGGUGGUGGGAGGAGUAGCCCUAGGUUCCCCUUUUGCCCGCCUGGUGGCAUCCAAGAAGUGACCAUCAACCAGAACCUGCUUGUGCCACUCAACCUGGAGAUCGACCCGGAGAUCCAGAAAGUGCGAGUGCAGGAGAGGGAGCAGAUUAAGACCCUCAACAACAAGUUUGCCUCCUUCAUCGACAAGGUCCGAUUUCUGGAGCAACAGAAUAAAGUUCUGGAGACCAAGUGGAACCUGCUGCAGCAGCAGCCCACGUCAAAUGCAGGGAACAACCUGGAGCCAGCCUUUGAGGCCUACGUUGGCAGCUUAAGGAAGCAUCUUGAUAGCCUGGUGGGGGAGAGAGGAAGGCAGGACUCGGAACUGAAGAACAUGCAGGAUCUGGUGGAGGACUUGAAACACAAAUACGAAGAGGAAAUCAACAGGCGCAUGGCAGCGGAGAAUGAGUUUGUGCUGCUGAAGAAGGACUUGGAUGCUGCCUACAUGAAAAAGGUGGAGAUGGAGGCCAAGGUGGCUGCCAUGACAGAUGAGAUCAACUUUCUGAGAGCCCUGUAUGAGGCGGAAUUGGCACAAAUGCAGAGACAGAUCAGUGACACCAGCGUUAUCUUGUCUAUGGACAACAACCGAGCCCUGGACCUGGAUGGGAUCAUUGCUGAGGUGAAGGCUCACUAUGAGGAUAUGGCCAACAGGAGCCGAGCUGAAGCCAACUCUAUGUACCAAAGCAAGUUUCAGGAGCUUCAGGUCACUGCUCGGAAACACGACGAUGAUCUGAAAAACUCCAAGCUGGAGAUAUCGGAGCUGACCCGGCUGAUCCACAGACUGCAGGCGGAACUUGAAAAUAUGAAAAAACAGUGCGCCAAACUGCAGUCGACUGUUUCAGAGACAGAGGAAUGUGGGGAGCUUACCCUCAAGGACGCUAGGGAAAAGCUGGUUGAAUUGGAAAUGGCCCUGCAGAAAGCUAAGGAGGAGAUGGCUCGUUUGCUGCGUGAUUACCAGGAGCUCUUGAAUAUCAAGCUGGCCUUGGAUAUUGAGAUUGCCACAUACAAGACGCUGCUGGAGGGAGAAGAAUGCAGAAUGGCAGCUGGCUUCAGUUCAGCUUCUUUGUCUCACAUUGGGAGAAGAAGUGGAGGGUACAGUGGUGGUUUUGGCAGUAGGAGCCUCCAUAACCUGGGCGGAAACAAAAGCACUUCCAUCCGCAUAGGAGGUGGAGGCUUCCGGAGUGUGGGGCUUGGAUUCGGUGGUGGUGGUGGCUUUGGUGGUGAUGGAUUCGGUGGUGCUGGUUAUGGUGGUGGUGGCAGAUUUGGUGGCAGCAGUGGAUUUGUCUCUAGUGGGUAUGUCAGUGGAGGAUAUGGGGUUGGUGGGGGAUACGGUGGCGGAGGCUUUGGUGGCGGCAAAGCUGGUCCUGUUUGGUCUCCUGGUGGCAUCCAGCAAGUCACCGUGAACCCCAACCUCCUGGCGCCCCUCCACAUCGAAAUUGACCCGGAGGUCCAGAAAGUGAAAGUGCAGGAAAGGGAGCAGAUCAAGACCCUCAACAACAAAUUUGCAUCAUUCAUCGACAAGGUUCGAUUCCUGGAGCAGCAGAAUAAAGUGUUGGAGACCAAAUGGGACCUCUUGCAGCAGCAGGGUACCACAACCACUAAGAUUCCUAUCGACCCCCUUUUUGAUGCAUAUAUCAAUAAUCUGAGGCGGAGGCUAGAUAGCCUAGUAACUGACAGAGGUUGGCUAGAUGGAGAGCUGAGGAACAUGCAAGAUCUCGUGGAAGAUUUCAGAAAGAAAUUUGAAGAGGAAGUCCACAGGCGCACAUCUGCAGAAAAUGAAUUUGUGGUGCUUAAAAAGGAAGUGGAUGCUGCCUACAUGAAAAAAAUGGAACUUCAAGCAAAGGUGGAUUCCCUCAUCGAUGAGAUAAACUUCCUGCGAGUUUUCUAUGAAGAGGAACUAGCUCAGAUGCAAGGAGCAAUCAGAGACACCAACGUUAUCCUGCAAAUGGACAACAGCCGAGAUUUGGACUUGAACAGCAUAAUUGCCGAGGUCAAAGCUCAGUAUGAAGACAUUGCUAACAGGAGCCGGGCUGAGGCUGAGGCUUGGUACCAAAGUAGGUAUCAAGAGCUUCAGGUCACGGCCACAACACACGAUGAAGACCUGAAGGUCACCAGGAAUGAGAUCACUGAAGUGAGCCGGGUGAUUCAGAGGCUGAAAGCUGAAAUAGAUAGUGUGAAAAAACAGAUUGCUGGGCUGCAAAUGGCCAUUGCCGAUGCUGAGCAACGUGGGGAGCUGGCCCUCAAAGACGCCCGGGGUAAGCUUGCUGAUCUUCAGAAUGCCCUUCAGACCACCAAGGAUGAACUGGCUCGUUUGCUGCGUGAUUACCAGGAGCUGAUGAACGUCAAGCUGGCCCUGGAUAUUGAGAUCGCCACCUACAGGAAACUGUUGGAGGGAGAAGAGUGCAGGAUGUCUGGAGAAUAUGCUGAUCCUGUGAGCAUCUCUGUGGUCAGCAGCACCACCAGCGCAGCUGGCAGCGGUGGCGGAGUUGGAAGCGGAUAUGUCCUUGGUGGAGGUCGUGGAAGUGGCCUCAGUCUUGGUGGUGGUGGAGGUGGUCUCGGCCUUGGAAUUGGCAGCGGGAGUGGUUUUGGAAUUGGUGGCAAAAGCGGCAUCAGAGUUGGUGGAAGUGGGAUUGGUUUAGGAGGAAGCAGUUUUGGCUACGGAGGGGGAGUCACCUCUGGAGGAGGAAGCAGCGCUAGUAUAAAAUAUGUCUCGACAUCCUCUUCAUCAAGCAAAAAGUUAAUUAGAUAA